AACAGUGUAUUUUGAGGUCAAUCAAGGAAGUUAAUUGAAACUCCCCAUUCACAACUAAAAAAAUCUGCAUUAGGAAUAAAUGAUGCUUAUUGAAUGGGAAUUUAAUUAAGAAAUUGAUUAAAUUUCAACAUAAUUGACCUCAACCCUGCGGAAAACACACAAAACACACAUUUCCCUCUGGGUGUGUGACUGUGAAAUGUAAGGAUGUUCACUGGAGAGGGUCUGCUCUGUUCAAGUCUGAAGGAUUACUGUGGUUGGCCCUUGUUGGAUUUCAUGGUGGCUUAGGCAGCAAAAAUAGCGUGGCGCUGUUGUUUAGCCAGUCCUCCACACACUGCUGUGUGCCUCAACCUCUUUAGCGUGCCGUGGUCCCCUCCCCUCCUCUGCCCUCUUUCUAAAUCGCAACACAUCACAUUAUGCCGUAAUAGGCCUACUGGGCUACCACACCAAAAGCCAGCAACAUCCUCAGCCUCAUCAACUGGAUUAUAGCUGCUCCAUAUCCCACCGUCAAUCGUGACCCAUUCCCAGCACUUGUGUGGUGAGAAACCUUGCCUAAGACCUGAAGGCUUUAGCUCGAAGGGCUAACACAGUCUUGUGGCGAACAGGAGACCUGGGUUUGAAUCCAGUCGGAUACAUUGGCGCCAAGCCUCUGCGGGGAGGAGUUGGUCAUGGGGGGAGGAGUGUAAUGGUGGCGGUUCGGUGAACCAUACUCACAUGAUAAGUAACCUUCCCUAAAACCAGAAAACGACCCAGGCUUUAUCUCAGCCAGCUAACACAGUCGUCAGAUCCAGUCAGUCACUUGUGGUCUAGUCUAAUGUUGUCAAUGUGUUUCUCAGAGCCAUAGCAGAUGGUUACAAGCUUCAUAUCAAACAACAACCAUAGCGAUACAGUAUAGCUAUAACUAUAGGGGUGCAUCUCUGUGAUAGUAACAUGUAUGUUUUGUUCCACAGGUAUACAGUGAAUACAGAGCCAGCUUGGCCUUCGAUCUCGUCAGCAGUCGGCAGAAAAACGUACAUAGUAGCAUCUCUCGAACACAGUGAUUAGGCAUCCAGUUCCAUUAUCCCUACUGUUUUAAUCAAUGGGUUUUGUACACUGGUGUAAUUUUGAUGUGUAAUUGAGGCUUUUUUGUCAAUGGGCAGGCCUGCACAGACUACAGUGACUCUGUAGCCAGAAGAAUGGGCUUCAUUCCUCUUCCUCUUGCAGUCCUGGUAAGAUCAGCUUUGUACAACAGUCCAAUGCAGUGUUUCCCCUACCGUUGUAUGUAGAUACAGUGUGCAACUCGGCACUAAUUAUAUGCUUUGUUUUAUUGGUAUCAAUCAAGGAACAGUUCCGUCUUGUAUGAAAUAGUUUAUUUGUUUCAGGACAAUGUAGUUGACUUAGAACUCCAUUUUGUGGCAUUGACUUGAGGACUGAUAAACUGUUACUACUUCCUUACCACUGUCACAUGCAACAAUGUUUCUGCUGAAGGUUUUCUUUUCUAUUGUAAUUGACAGCUAAUCCGAGUGGUGAUGAGUUCAGUGAAUGUACAGGGAGCCCUGUCCUACUCCUGUGUGUUCCUCUUCUACUUGGGGUAAGACUCCAAUCAAGUUCUUAUUCUUUGUCAUGUAUGAUGAUUUGCAUUUACAUAGCACCUCUUCCACCACCUAAAUGUAUUCACUUUACACGUUUCAUAGACAAACUCGCUCUGUCAGUCAUGCAAUACAGGUAGAAUUAAUUGUUAGCAUAGCAGUCCCACUAUAUUCGAUAUGUAUUUUCUAUGUGGAUGUUUGUGCCAGUCUGAUCCCAUUUGAGGUACGUUAGCAUGAGCCUUCUGCUUGGCUUUGAUAGGGCUUAGGCUUUUAUUUUUCUCACCAUUUUGAUUCUGUAAUCGAACCCACAGUUGCUGAUGCUCCAGAUACUCAACUAGUCUCAAGAAGGCCAGUUUUAUUGCUUCUUUAAUCAGCACAACAGUUUUCAGCUGUGCUAACAUAAUUGCAAAAGGGUUUUCUAAUGAUCAAUUAGCCUUUUUUAAAUGAUAAACUUGGAUUAGCAAACACAACGUGCAAUUGGAACACAGGACUGAUGGUUGCUGAUAAUGUAGCCUAUUUAGAUAUUCCAUUAAAAAUCAAACAUUUUCAGCUACAAUAGCCAUUUACAACAUUAACAAUGUCUACAUUGUAUUUCUGAUCUAUUUUAUUUUAAUUUAAUGGACAAAAAAAUAGCUUUUCUUUCGAAAACAAUAACAUUUCUAAGUGACCCCAAACCUUUGAACGGUAGUGUAUAUAAUAAAAUCUAGACCUGUCCACAAUGAAAGAACACUCAAUUACUACAGUAUGCUGCUCUUGUGGGCAAAUAACAAAUAGUCCCCUUCACCUUGGAUAUCAUUACUAAUCCUCUUUUCCCUGUGUAGAAUGGUGAAUAUCAUUACUAAUCCUCUUUUCCCUGUGUAGAAUGGUGAAUAUCAUUACUAAUCGUCUUUUCCCUGUGUAGAAUGGUGAAUAUCAUUACUAAUCGUCUUUUCCCUGUGUAGAAUGGUGAAUAUCAUUACUAAUCGUCUUUUCCCUGUGUAGAAUGGUGAAUAUCAUUACUAAUCCUCUUUUCCCUGUGUAGAAUGGUGAAUAUCAUUACUAAUCCUCUUUUCCCUGUGUAGAAUGGUGAAUAUCAUUACUAAUCGUCUUUUCCCUGUGUAGAAUGGUGACCCUGAAGGUGCUGAACAGUAUCGUGCUACUGGGGAAGUCGUGUGUGUACGUGAAGAGAGCCAACAUGGAGGACAAACUGUUUGAGAGGCCCUCCACAGCCGCCCCCGGGAAGACGUCCAGUAGAACCAGGAAAACAUCCAGAUGUACUGCCCCCUCAGGUACCCAGCGACAGACAAUACCCUAGUAUUACCCAGCGACAGACAAUACCCUAGUAUUACCCAGCUACAGACAAUACCCUAGUAUUACCCAGCGACAGACAAUACCCUAGUAUUACCCAGCUACAGACAAUACCCUAGUAUUACCCAGCGACAGACAAUACCCUAGUAUUACCCAGCGACAGACAAUACCCUAGUAUUACCCAGCGACAGACAAUACCCUAGUAUUACCCAGCGACAGACAAUACCCUAGUAUUACCCAGCGACAGACAAUACCCUAGUAUUACCCAGCGACAGACAAUACCGUAGUAUUACCCAGUGUAUUAUUUACCUUUAUUUUACCAGGGAGGGAACACCUUUUCAUUUACAAUAAUGACCUGGGAACAGGUACAAACCUUGCAUGAGACCAUGAAGACUUCCUGAGCUAAUGCCUAGGGUAACACAAAAUUAUGGCAUGCAGGAGGCCCAGCUUCGAACACAGUCAAUCACAUAUAGCCUACCCAGCCUCAAUAAGACACUUGGUUACAUUAAAUUACUCAUUCUUCUUAGCAAUCCCAGCUUGCCAAACCCAGCCUCAAGCAAGCAGAUGCGUAUUCCGACUUGGGUAAUUGAACUCCCGAAAUGUGUUGAUCUUCAGCGUGGCAGACGAGCCUGCUGCGCUUAGCUGAGAGCAUUAGAGCGAGGGGGCGCCACGUCACUUCAGAGCUCUUUAUCACUCCUGUGUUUUUACAGAACCGCCAUUUUCAGAGAAAAUAUUCAGUAGUACAGUAUGUGACAUGUUAAAGCACCAAACCAUAUCAUGUGGGAUCAGAAGGUCACUGAAGCCUGAACGCUUCCGCUGCUAUUCUUAAUUAGCCCAUCUGUAACUACUGUACCCAACCCGGCUGUCUCUUCUGGGCUGCAUUCAUAAGGGCACACCGUAGCAAAACGUUUUGGGUUGGAAAACGAAAACGGGCGUAUCUUAUUGGAUGAGUUCAGGUAGUCCCUCCUAGUAUUGCACAGUGUACCGGUACCACUGUAUAUCACGGUACCAAAACGACAUUAUACUUAUGAUACCAACAUUCUAGAAUACCCUAGUACCGUCUCAUAUGAUGCUACCGAUCUAAAGAACCAACUGCCGUCUGUUAUACAAUGUUUAUAAAGUCUGUUUUGUUAAUACAUUUAGUAAAAAACAUUAAGCAAUAGCAACUAGUUUCUUGUAUGCACCAGUCCAAUAACCUCCACUUCACUUUCAUGCGCAUCUCAUGUGGCAGCUGUGAUCAGCCAGCCGCAUCCCCUACCAGCCCUCACUCACCUGCUUCUCGCUGUCCAACCUACCAGCCCUCACUCACCUGCUUCUCUCUGUCCAACCUACCAGCCCUCACUCACCUGCUUCUCUCUGUCCACCCUACCAGCCCUCACUCACCUGCUUCUCUCUGUCCACCCUACCAGCCCUCACUCACCUGCUUCUCUCUGUCCACCCUACCAGCCCUCACUCACCUGCUUCUCUCCUUCUGCUCUUCCUACACAUCUAUUCCUCCAUCAGUUUUUAAAAUAUAAUUUGGCCGUGAUGGAGAGCAGGGAUGCAGACCCUGAUGAAUCUUCUGUUGUUAGAUUUGUACAUUUGUUACAUUGGAGCAGCAUCAGAGCGAGCAAUGUUGAUACGUUGUAUAAUUUCAUCGCCUGGUAUAACCUAGCGCACAGGCCAGUCUGAGUAGGCUUUGCAAUUGCGAGUUGCGAGUGCCAGAUAGGAAAAUGGACAGGCAUGUUUACAGAUUUGCAGCAAAAACAAUGGCGUGUCUCUAGCCCAAACGGUUAAAAAUAUGACCCAUUUUACCAGAGCUACCUUCUGUUCUUCCUGAGAGAUUUGGCGCGUUUUAGAUAAUUUCACAAACCAUGUCACAGGCCAUUCUUAAACUAAUCCCGGGUUGCUAAUUGUUGGUUUGAUAUUAACAAACUGUUACCUAGCUAGCAAACAACCUGUCAACUUGAAAGUCUAGACACGUGAUUGGCCCAGGAAGAAAGGAAAAGGGUGUGCUGCUCAUGAGAUGUGCUUCAGAAGGUAGGAUUCAUAUAGGCCUAAUGGAAGAGUAAACUGUAUCAAAAAUCCAUCUCUUUCUGGUGCUCCUUAAAUUCUGUUUGUUGCCUAACGUUUUUAAAGUGGGGAGCAGUGUGUGUAUGUGUUUGUGGGAGAGAGGGAGAGGGAGAGGGAGGGAGGGUGUGUCUGUUAACUGAAGAGGAAAGGUUUCAUGCAUUGUUUCCUCCUACUGCCACAAUGACAUGCAGAUCAUUUUGCAUGUACAGUAUAUUCCUUCCUCCCAUUCCUCCAGCCAAAUCACAGGUAGGCUUUUGCAAAUAUGAGCAAUCAGCCAUUCUAUGCAGUAUUCUAUUAUACACUGAACAGUGUGAGUUAAGUUCAUUCAAAAUGUGUUGUAUUGAGUAGAAAUGUGAAUAUCAGUGACAGAUUUCUGGCGUAGCACAUGCGAAUAACAUUUAGAAAACGGGAACAAGCGUCCGGGGGACAGGGGCGAACAGGAUGCUAGGUCACUCUGAAUUUCCCCCCAAUUGUACUACUCGGUAUUGUAAUACUUGGCCUGGUAUCGUAUCAUUAGUAAAAUGUUAGUAUCGUGACAACACUAGUCCCUCCCCAUUUUAGUCAGUUUCAUUCCGUUUGGUCCCUAAUGAACACCUUCCUGGAGAAAUUGGUUAGUUUUAGCCCACAGGUUCCAAUGGAUACCUUACUAACAGACUGGUUUGUCUCUCAUUCUUCAUAACCAUUUGGAUGGAGAUCUAAUUGGAGGUGCCAUGUCUAUAGGUCUCUGUCUGAAGCAGAGAAUAUACUGAUGAGCAACUGUGGUUUCCCUCAGGCUGUGUCAUGGAAGCUUAUGGCGAAAGCAUAUGGCUAGUUCAGGAAAAAAUGGAUAAAGACCUCAAAUAGUUGUUGGUUAUACCACUGGUUCAGUACCACAUUGCAUUUUCUAAAGUAGGUCUGCUGUAUCCCCUUGUUAUUGCCUUUUAAAGGAGCAUCCAUUUAUUUCAUGCAGUCUGGUGAAUACACACACGAUUGCUGCUCGCCUGGUAAAGUCUCUCAUUUGCAACCCACUUUUGUAUAUGGAAGUGAGGCAUGUCAGUGCCCUGGGCAAAUGGCUGUCUCUGUAGAGUAGCAACCCAUGUGCUGAUAUGCUGCUGCUGCUGCUGCUUCACUCAACUAUUUGAAUAUAUCAGAGGUCAUGAAUAAUUCUGUUUGGCCGACCUAACUUGUGUACGCCAUUUACACUGCAUACUGGUAUUUAAGACCAGGAUCAGUGGAGCUUGUGAAGUCUACUGGUAUUAAUGUAGAUUUGUCUCUUUGACCCAACGAUAUACAGUAGGAGAGUUGUUAUUCCUAUAAAUGAAUUUGGUUGGUUGUCCAGUUUAUUUUGUCACUCUGAAGUCAAAUCUAAUCAAAAACGAAGUUUGCGAUGUUCUUGCUUACUAUCUAUAAGUGUGAGUGUUACUUACCGUUAGUGUUACUAACUUUUCUCCAAGCCUCAAAUGACCAAGUAUUGUUAAUGUUUGUGUUUAAAUCUACCUCUCUCUCUCUCUCUCUCUCUCUCUCUCUCUCUCUCUCUCUCUCUCUCUCUCUCUCUCUCUCUGUCUCAUCAGGUGAUCCAUCAGGUGAUCCGUGGUCCGAGCGGUCCCCAUCCACUCCUUCCUGCACCUCCGUCCCCCCCUCCUCCUCUGUCACCGCCCAGCCUACCCCCACUGCCAGCCCCACCCUGCGGCCAGAGACUGUACCCCCUCCCCCCUCCACUUCCACCACCCCAGCCAGCCCUCCCAGCCCCUCCACCAGCCCAGAGCCAGACCCGGACCCUGACCCCCUGACCCCCUCACCCCCUGACCCCCUGACCCCCCCUGAGCAGAAAGAGGAGGAAAGGAUGGAAGGCACAGAGCUCAAGCACAGGACCCCUAAAAAGGACCUGCUGGAUGUCGACCGCUUCACGAUAUGCGGGAACCGUAUCGAUUGA